AAAACUUUGCUGGUUGUCUUUACACAUUUGAAUCUGAAAGACUUCACAUCACGCUGCAUCACAGUCGAGCUCACUGGAAUCUGUCUGCAGUCUUACGUGCCAAUCCAGCAUCCAGCAGGCGCAUCUUGGACUCUUUUCAGGAAGAUUCAAAUGAGGAGAAUCAGGAUGCCGCUUGUCUUCUUUGUUUUGUCCGUGGGGGUUUUCCUGAACAUGGGAGCGUGCAAUGCAGCACAAUCAGAGAUGAGAAUCACUACAAUUAAGCAAGAGCCAUAUGCAGUGUCCAAAGGCUCACAGCUGGAGGGCUUUUGCAUGGACCUGCUGUCUGAAGUAGCCAAGAAACUGGGCUUCAAGUACAAAGUGCAGCUGGUGAAAGACGGUUCAUACGGCAGACAAGAUGACAACGGGAACUGGAACGGGAUGAUUGGAGAGGUGGUGAGAGGGGAGGCCGACCUCGCUGUUGCUCCGCUGACUCUCACUGCAGCUCGGGAGCGAGCGGUGGGGAUGACCAAACCGUUCAUGCAGACAGGAAUCAGUAUCCUGCUGAGGAAGGACAUCUCGGAGGGAGACGCCUUCUUUGACUUCCUGUCCCCCUUUUCAGCCGAGACCUGGGUCGGCAUCCUCCUGGCCUACCUGGGGACCGCUGCUUGCAUCUUUGUAGCUGCCAGACUCAGCCCAUGUGAGUGGAGUCAGCCUCAGAGUGAGCAGAACAGAUUCAGCCUCCUCCACAGCCUGUGGUACACAGCUGGAGCUCUGACUCUACAAGGUGCUGGUCCUCACCCCAAAGCUCUGUCAGGACGAGUCAUCUGCUGCAGCUGGUGGUUAUUCACCAUCGUGCUCCUGGCUUGUUAUUUCUCCAACCUCAGCUCCUCUAAGACCUCCGAGUCCUCUCACCUGACAGUCAAAGGCUUUGAGGACUUGGCCAACCAGGACACGAUUAAGUACGGCUGCUUGGCCGGCUCCUCCACCCUCGCCUUCUUCAAGAAUUCAAACAACCCAGUGUACCGCAGAAUCUUUGAACACAUGGAGAAGACCAAGAGUUUUGUGUCAACUAUGGAUGAAGGGGUGCGGCGUGCAAAAGAGGGAGACUACGCCUUUAUUGGGGAGUCUGUUUCCUUGGACUUGGCAGUAGCACGGCACUGUGAGCUGGUCAGAGCACAUGAAGUGGUUGGAAUGAGGGGAUACAGCAUCGCUGCUGCUCUUGGUUCCCCCAUCAUAAAGAACCUCAGCGUGGCCGUCCUGCAGCUGAGCGAGGCGGGGGAGCUGGCUUACCUGCGGAGCAAAUGGUGGGCCAGCAGCUGCAUCACAGACAGGGCCAAGUCUGCAGCUGUGCAUCCCCACAACCUCAAAGGGGUGUUCCUGGUUCUGUCGCUGGGCCUGGGGCUCGGAGCACUGCUGGCCGUCCUGGAGCUCACCUCCAAGAGCCGCAGGAGUGCAGCUGAGCAGAGGAAAUCCUGCUGCACUGUGCUGACUGAGGAACUGAGUCUGCGCUUGAGGACCAGCAAUGCAAAGACACCCCAAGAAAAUGUAGACAAAGAUAAAGAAAAAGCGUGAAAAUGUUUAGCUUAAGCAAGUCUGGAUUUUUUUUAACUUCAUGUUUUGAUGACUGUUUGUAGAAUUUGUUCUAAUAUUUGACAGAAACAUUAACUUUAUUGCAGGUUUUGAAAUGUCUUACUCGUAGCAAAACACCAGAUAAAAAAAGAAAAAAUAUCACAUUAAGAAAUAAAAUAACACAUUUUAUUAAAAUAAUCAAUUUAUUGAUUUUCAAUUUUCGUUUCAGUAUUAUAAAAACAAUUAUUAAUAAAAAUAAUCAAUGUUUACAGUUUUACUAACAAAUAACGCUGAUAAUGUUUUUAAGUUAACUGUUUACUUUUUUAUGACUGCAUCGUGCUGUUUUGUACAGUUGGCAAUGGCAUCACAUGAUUUAAACAAUUUCUUUUCAAAAAUUAUUUUAUGCAUAAAAACUGUGUUGAUUGUAAACAUUACAGCAGGCCUAAAACAAUAAACAACUUUCUAAUUUGAAAUUUUUACGUGGUACCCUCCUAUCGAUCUAGAAAGAAAAUCCGAACUGCUUCUUCCGACACUUCUUUUUUUCUUUGGACUCACCAGUCAAAUCUAAUCUGUGGUCUCGUCUAAAAGAAAAGAAAAAACAGUAAACACAACAUUUAAUACAACCACUUUUCUGCAGUUCUUCCUUAUUAAGUCCCCCUCCAUAAACAUAUGUAAAAAUACACUAUGAUUUUAUUUGGUUUUGUUGUUUUUCACAUUUCAGGUUAAGGUUAAGUAAAAGUAAAAAUGAAGCAUAUCUACUCUUUCUCCCUCACUGAAAAAUUCUGAAUCUGACCUCUGCCCCACACUGCAAAAAAGCCAACUUGUAUUUUUUGGCCUAAAACAGUGAUUUAAUUUAGUAAAACUUGGAAAUAUAAAUUAUUGACAUUUAGGGCAAUAAUGUAAGUUAGCACAACAAAGGAAGCCAGU